UUUGUUUGUUACAUUUGUGUUUGAUAAUACACUAUCAUCCCUUUAAUUUGUGUGUACCAUAUUAUUCUAUGGACUCCAUUAUUAUGAAAUCAAGCUUCCCUGCAGUACUCUUCUCAAGAAAACCUCAAAUCAGAGCAUUGAGCAAGGUUUCGAUCAAAGCCCCGCCUGCCAGUUUCGAUUACAGGGAAGAGAUUGGUCAAGAGUCGAAAGCAGCCAUAGCUGAAUGGCACCCUGAGUUGCUUGACUUGGCUGAGAAUGGGAGCUUGGUUUUGGUGCAGAAGAAGAGGUUUGGCCCUGUCCCUUCUUGGAGGACUGAGUUCGUGGAACCCGAGGAGAUUUGGCUGGUCGGAACCAACCAUGUUUCGCAGAGGUCCGCCGUGGAGGUAGAGCGCGUGGUGCGGUGUCUCAGACCAGAUAAUGUGGUUGUAGAACUCUGUAGAAGCAGAGCUGGGAUCAUGUAUGCAUCUGGCAAUGAUGAUGACGUUGAUGAAGUAGGCAAGUUCAGAUCAAACAUGUUCUCUUUGAGUGGCACUGGCUUCUUUGGAUCUGUUGGUCGCAGCAUAAACUUGGGUGGUCAGACUGCUUUGGCAUUGAGAUUGCUUCUGGCUGCUUUCUCAUCCAAGAUCUCUUCAGAUAUUAACCGCCCUUUUGGUGAUGAGUUCCGUGCUGCUCGAAAAGCUUCUGAGCAAGUUGGUGCACAGAUUGUUUUGGGAGAUCGUCCCAUUGAAAUAACACUACAGAGAGCAUGGAAGGCUUUAAAAUGGAGUCAGAAACUAAGUUUAGUCACCUCGGUUAUUGGUGGGAUAGCUUCUUCUACUUCUGACAUUUCUGCAAAUAAGCUUCAGGAAGCAAGUUCAGAUGAUGGUACAUUUCAACUUUAUGAGCAACUAGGUUUUGCAUACCCAUCACUAUUGCCGCCUCUCAUACAUGAAAGAGAUGUUUAUAUUGCAUGGUCAUUGAAGCGAAGCAAAGCUGUGAACAAUUGUAAAAGCGUGGUGGGUGUUAUUGGAAAAGGGCACAUGAAUGGUGUAAUAUACGCACUCUUAUCUGAUACAGGCAACUUGAGGUUUCGAGAUCUUGUUGGCACAAGAGAUUCCAAUUAUCAAUGGAUUCUUGACCUUGUUAAGGGUUUAAUCAGGGACACAGCCAUUGGUCUUCUCUUAUGGGCCUUAUAUCAAUUCAUAUAUCACACAACAUAAAAACACAAUUCUAUUUUGUCUUACAUUUUUUGUCACAAAUCCUAUCAUAUAUAUGUGUAUAUGAACUGUUCAAAUGUAUAUACAUGAAACUUUUAAAUAGAA